AUGCGUCGUUCAAAGUUCGACGAACCCAACAUGAGCGAUAGCGCCCUACUUGUGAAGGUGGAAGAUCUAAUAUACAUGGCGAUGGGACCGGACGAAUUGCGUAUGCUCGAGCAGCAAGUGGAGAUAAGGUUUAAAGAUGUACCUAAGUUUCAACGAGAGGCAUCCGGAUUCGCCUCAGUUAAGAGAGAGAUAAAAGCCGCGGAAAAGGGCGGAGAGGAAAAAUAUACAAAGCAAAAGGACCGGAAAGAAGAAAGGGCUGACAAAAAGGACGAUCUGCACUCAAGAAAGGAUAAAGCCAGUUUGUCUGAACCGGAUUUGUUAGAAUCUGAGAUGUUUGACGAGGGUGUACCCUCGGGAACACAGCAGGGACAAAGUAAAAGAGGUAAAGAAUCAGCGAAAGCGGUCAAAAGACAACAUAGUCCGAAGAAAGGAAAGAAGCAGCUAGGAAAGGAGAAGAAAGCCCAACAUGAAAAGAGUCUAGCGUCGGAAUCAAGUAUCACUAUUGAUGUGGUGGAUCGAGACAAAUCUAAAGUGCUUGUAGUGGAUAAAGGACCCGCAAGCAGUGGUCGCCCACGCGUUGGCAGCGUAGAGGUGGUGACUCAGUCCCAGUUCGAGCUGCUGGAGAAUGAGGUGAAGCGGCUCGCGGGGACUGCCGGCCUCUCCGCCGACCUCACGCUGCCAGACAACGAACAGCUGAAGGACGACCUUCUCAAGGGCAACGUGACCCUCACAGAAGCGAUGCAGGCUAUGCAGGUGAAUGCACGAGUGCAGGCCGCCGAACAGGCUAUCGGGAGGAUGGCGGGUCUACUCACUCAGCUGGCGGCCGCCGGCGCGAUGCCCGAGGAACUAGCACAAGAGCUGAGGAAGGCCAAGCUGGAGCUCCCACACGGCGAAGAGUCGGAGAGAAUGCUUCCAAAAGGGAUGGACCAAUUUUCUAUUUACGAGAGUACUCCGCGGUCACGUUCGUCGUCGGUGAACAGAUCGGCGAGCGUCCAGGGUCGAGGUCAACCGGCGAUUGAGCACGACCCCACAGCCUUGGUCACGCGGCCCUACCUUGAUGACACUCUGCAAGCUCUUAAGAUGGACUUGACUCGGAACAUACAGCAGUUGACCAACAAGGCGAGCCACGCAGCGGAGGCGGCAAGCCACACCACCAAUUUCGUCUCGGAGAAAAUACAAGUUGCUCUCCAGCUCGAUGGCCGAAUGAACGAAAUGCAGUCGCUGGUGUCAGACUACGCUGUGCAGCUAAACGGGCUCGAUGUCGGGCUCACGACUCAGAUGCAAGGUUUCCGCGAGCAGAUGACCCAGAUCCGCACAGACCUCAAGUGCGGGCUGGAGCAGCUCGCCAGCGUGAACGACAACGCCGAGGCCACAGCUCUGAAAGAGCUGCAGGACCGCUACGGAGAGCUGAUCUUGCAGCUGGAGAUGGUGAAUAACACGCACCAGGCGACCUCCAGCGUCCUAGGGAAGCUGACUGACGAACUUCGGAGCUUAGUUGACAGUGUUGAGAUGUUACGAGACCAGAAAAUGGAUCGGGACGAAGUUUUGGACGCGCUUCGUGAUAAGGCGGACAUAUCUCGGUUGGCCGGGUUGCUCACCGAGGAGAAAUUCGCUGAAGCCCGCGCAGAACUGGAUAAGAUGUUCGAAGACUGUCAUCAGAAGUUUAGGAAGCAGGACAAGGCGUGGAUGUGCGCCAUGGAAGACUUGAAGAACAUGACAGAGACGAAGGUCGGCCAACUAGAGCUGGCGUCGGAAAGAGACAGGCUGCAGGAGCAGCUGCGACAGCUGCACGGACACCUUCAGCGCGUGGAGACACAGCUGGGCGAUCCCAAGGCGGCGUUGCUGAUGCGGCAUCUGAGCCGCGGGGCGGUGUGCGGCUCGUGCGGUGCCCCCGCCAUGAUGGAGCCGGGCGUGGAGCCGCUGCCGCCCCCUCUGCCGGCCUCCCUCCCCGCGCGCCCCCUCCACCCUCCGACCCCUACGCGACCGGCGCCGCUCCCCCCCACCGUUGAGCCAGCCCCGCAGCCGUGCAAGACCACCAUCGCCCAGGAGACGGCAGACGACGACGCCCUGGCUCUGAGGCGGUGGUGCGGUGGCGCGCACACACUGCAGCCGGCCGGUCGACAGCGCGCCCCCCGCACCGUCGCCCCCGCGCCCCGCACGCGCCGCUACGACGGCGUCGGCACCGACGGCAAGCUGUACCUGUUGGAGGAGGAUAUGCUGCCUUGCGCAGAGUGCAACUUGCCGCAGACCACGUGUGACGGCUCCGGCGAUGCUGCUCUUCAGGAACAAUCCGAACUAGCUACUACUAACUUUAGUACAAUC